AUGGAGGAAGAUAUAAAAGCACUGUUGGAGGCGUGGCAUUUGGAAGGCUACGUGGAGUUAUUUGCAAAGGCAGUGCCGGUAUUUGUGGCGCGUGAACUACAUAAACUUCCACCGGUCACUUUCGAUCAUUUAGACGCCACUCGCCUUCUAAAAGAUUUGCUAAUAUUGCAGAGAGAAAUAAACCAUAUUAAAGAAAAUUAUGUUACAAAAGAUGAGUUUGUAAGUAUGAAAAAUCAUACAAAGAGUUUCGAAAAAUUGUCAUCUAAUAUAACCGACUCCCAAGUUGCUACGCAAGCGCUAGCCAAUAAAAGUAUCGAAUUAUUUCCUUCUCUUUCGCUCGAGCAGAAUUCAAGAAAUGAAAAGAAUGUCUUGCUCGAUCAUUCUAACAAAUCCCGUACAUCGCCACGGAUACACGUGGAGGCCCCAACGGCAACGUCGGUUUCGACGGGAAUGGUGAGGCCCACUGAGGUUUCGACGCACGUGGAGGCCCACGCCACAGCAUUAGAGCGCGUGGAGGCCCGCACCGCGGUUUCGAAUAAUGAAAUUACACAAGUGUAUGAGCCGGCGCAUAGUAAUAGUACUGUAUGCGGAGAUGGAAAAGGAACGUACGCGCAGUUAUUAUCUACGCCAAAGAAAAUAAAUGAAGUUUAUCAAAAUAUACGAAAAGAUAAACGAUUGGAUUUUAGU